AUGGCCGCCAAUUUUGCACCGGAAGCUGAAGUGAACAAGUUCAUGAAGAGGGUCUUCAUCCUUCCCACCUUUCGAGGAUGCCGAGAGCACGGCGACCAUCACGAGCUGACGAUCGUCGUACCGGCCGGCAAAGCUCAAUCAAUAGUUUACCGGAUUGCCGAAAACAACAAGAAAUAUUAUCUGAGUAAGAAGCUACUAGACCUCCGGACGCAAAUCUUACCCAGCCGACCCAGUCCUACCGACGGGAGCAGACGGCCAAUGUGGCUCGGUGAGAUUGAUGACGACCCGGUAAUCCGUGAGACCCUAGCUGAAAAGUUAGAAGAAGCUUUGCGAACGAUCGAGGAUGCCGAUGCCGAUGCCGCCUGCAGCCGGGAAUGGGCGUUGAAAUUCAUCGAAUGGGCUCUGAAACACCUUAACGAGCUCGACUGGUGUGGUGGUCGAUUGCAGCAGUUAAAAAUCACCCUUCUUUUGCAAUCCUAUUCUGCCGAAUGAUUACCCAUUAGAGGCCUACCUUUCAUCCAUUUUCUCG